AUGGUUGCGAACAAAGAAUCAGAUCCACCAGCGUUUCGCUCUCCAAAUCUGUAUCGCGAAUGGGGCUUUCACGCGAAAAAAAUCGAAAAUUACGAUGUGGCGAUAGGGGUCUUUGAGAAAUCGAUCCGAGAAUCCUCAACUGACGAUCUUAGAACUCUCGUUGGACUUUUCGAGGCACUCACCAAUUCCACAAGGUAUCAGGAGGCCGCGGAUGUUGCAUUGAAGUGCACCAAGAUAGAUCCCGACAACGUUCAGGUCAAAUGUAUGUGGGUGGAGGCUCUUUUCAACCUUGCUGAAUUCGGGCAGAGCCUUAUUCACGCACAUCGCGGCUCCAGAAAGACGAAAUUGCCAUUCGAACGGGCCAUUAAGCAAGCGAAUGAGACAAUCGAGGAUUGCGUGGGACUCAACACCUCGCCCGACGCACUCGUUCUAUUGUAUCCCUGGAUAAAAAAACUGGAGGAGUAUCGGCGAAGUCUCGUAGCGAAAUUGAACGAGGAGGAGGACGAAUUCGAGGGUAUCGACGAAGACCAUUCGAAAUUCAAGGUCAACGAUCCGGCCUACAAGCUCGAAGUGCACUUAAAAAAGCUCGACCGUUUGAAGGCGAAACAAUAUCUCGGUACUUUGGCAGAGGAUAAAUUUUUUCUUGAACAAGUCCUUGAAAAUCCAGCUCUGGAGUCGGCGAAUAAAGAGGGCAGUGAAGAGUUGCUCAAGCUCGUUGAAGAGUGCGUGAGGUGUACGAGGUACAGGCAGGAAGUGCUGCGAGUUCAGAAGCCACUUUAUACUUUCGCUUUCGAACGUGAGAGGCAGCCGGGCGAUGCGAAAGCGCGUCGGCUCGCUGAGAAACGCAUGUCACGUAACCAAGUGGUAAUAGACGCAAAUAUGUAUUUGCAGAGGCUCCACGAGGCUCGCGUAGCUCGCGAAUAUGCUGCUUUCUUCAGUUUGCUUGAGAGAGCGAAAGACUCCUUCGAUGCCUGGGAAGAGGAUAUUUUCCCCAUGAAAAAGCCGUGUCUCGAUGCUCUGUACGAGAUGAUCAGUUGGGUUUACUUAGAUCCGCGUGACGUGUCGACGCUUUCGGAUCCAUCAACGAAAGCAACCCAUUUGAAGCAUCAUUUGGGGGUGAGAGUCGCCGUGGUGCCUCGGGACGCGGAGCUCGGUUGGGUCGCAACGGAGAACGGAAGCAGCGCGCUCGAAGUCUUCCGAAAGCGUUUGGCCCUGGCUUCGCAGCCUCUCGAAUUGGCCUGGCUUUUUCACGACUUGGCCAAGUAUUAUAUCGAGAUCAAGCGUUACGAUCUCGCGCGUUUGUACGCGAAAAAGUCUCGGGACUCGGGUUACAAGGCGCGCCACGAUCCGUGGACCCUGAACGCUCACCAUCUCAUGAUAAGAAUCGAGAUCCAUCAGCACAACAGAAACGAAGCACGGGAAGCUGCCGUUCUCGCUUAUCUCGGUGCGAAGCGACUCCGGAUCAGUUACCUCCAGGAUUUUUAUCGAAGGAUUGUUAAGCUCGUUAACGAUAUCGAUCUCUCUACGAUCAUGGGAAUCGAUAGCAUCACGGAGAGAGAAAACCUCAUUAUUGAACUCAUGCCCGACGAACUCAAGACCGAAGCAACCUUCCUCUUUGCGAGGAUGCGAGCUGUACCCGCCAAGAGACGAUUAUCCGUGAUGCCAGGAUGUAAACCUGUGGAUACCAAGUCCAAAGUUAUCGCCAAGAGAAAAACCAUCUUGCCGAGCUCUCCGAAAAAUCCGGAAACUGAAGCCAGGCGCGCGUUGCUCAAGCGAUAUGCACCCUCGAAAAAGAUUCCUGGAUGGGUCGAUUUCGAUGAUUAUGCAUGA